AUGAAUUGUGUUUGUUCGUCAAAUUCGAUGAGUUCAGAGUCACUACUCUCCAUGUCAAUCUUUAAUUCAACUAGAUUCUUUAGUGAAUUGAAUGUGUCACGUGGAGGUAUAUCGAUCAUUCUUAUCGAGAGAGAUGUCAGACUGAUUGGAAAGAUACCAGGCUCUAGAUUACAAACCAUAAAAUUCUUAAAAGACAGAAAAGACAGUUCCUUCAACGAUAUGAACUUGCUGAGCUUCAAGAAAGUUAUAUCUAGUUUGAAGAGAUUGAUUCAGUUUAAAGAAAUAGGAGGACCAAUCACAAGCAAGGGAGAGAUAUCACAACAGUUUAAAGCAACUGCGACAAGAUUCAAACUCAAAUCAUUUAAAGAUAUAAUGGCGAAUAGUAUAUCGAAUCCACAACAAAAUGAUUGGAUCACAUCAAACAGAGAACAAGAUACUAGUAACAUCGAAACAGUAUUGGUCAAAGAUCAUGAAUAUAAAUUGAUAGAUUCACAUCUCUACAAUAUACCAUCAAUCGAAACACUAUUUAUCAGCUACCAAAAUCUCAAUGAGUUGGAUCUUACCUCUAUCUCUCGCUUGCCCAAUCUACAACGACUAUCAGUUCGUACAAUUCGGGUGAUUCUUGGUGCACACAUAUCACUAAAGUCUUUGAAACUAUGUACCAACGCUGUAAACUCUCUCAUCAACUUGGAUCUAACGAGAUUCGUCUCACUCACCGCAUUUUCAAGUCGUGGUUUGUUGUCAAAUAUCGGUGCAGGUAGCUUCCCAAUCAGUAUAACAUCACUCAAUCUUAGAUCUACUGAUAUGUUGCUAAGAGAUACAUUCCUUUCAUUGACAUCACUUGUCACCCUCAAGAUCCAACUACCAAUCCAGCAAACUCACAAUGUAACCAAUCAACUACCAUGCAUCGAUCUAUUCAAUCUAAACAACCUCACAAAAUUCAGGAUAAAGUAUUUCUCUCAAGACCCAAACUACAACAUCGAGAUUAGAGUACCUCCAUCAAUCAAAAUGCUUAAUCUAGAGUCCAGAAGCGUUUGUAUACCAUCACAAUAUGAAAUGCCACUGUUGGAGGAAUUAUAUGUUCAGCGGUCAGUAUUGAUAGUUGGUAAAGUCAGUUUGUCAUCAUGUCCAUUGAUAAAAUUACUCAGUAUUGGUCAUUGCUUUGAUGCCAUCCCAACCAAUAUGAUCCCAUCGACUAUUGAAAAGCUUAGAAUCUACAAACACACCAAUGACAAUAUACUUGAAAAGGUUAUAUUCCCAUCAUCACUUACACAUCUAAGCGUCUUGGGAAUCUACAUCGAACCUGUACAACUACCUCUUACACUCAUCAAACUAAAACAGAGAAUCAAUGAAUCCUCACUUCACAAGAACAAUGAUAACUAUCCACCUCAUCUUGAAACACUCAACUUUUUUGAUAUCCAAGGUGACUUUAAAAUCAACAUACCACCAAUCACAAAAGAUCUAUCAAUAUCGUUGAAUCCUAAUCUUGACUCGAAUAGCCUUCAAAUCUAUUCAAUCUCUACUAGGAUCAAUAAACCUACAAUCGAUCAAUCGCAACAAUGGUUACCAAUCAAUACUACUCAUCUAACUUGCUUCCUCAAAGAUUCAAGAUAUUACAGGAUGAUGGCAUUUAGAUUGGACGAAGUAAUCAAUCACACCAAUGUUAGAUAUUUAACUCUUUCUCUAUACAGAUCAAAAUUACAAUUUUCAAUUCAAAGAUUGGACUCUGAUAAUAAGAGUGUAUUGGUAUUGGAAAGACAGACACUGACAGGUGGAAUAAUCACUCAAAGAAAAUCAAGCAAUAAUCAACAACAACAACUAUAUGAUCCUAUUUAUUUACAAUUGAGUUAA